CGUUAUUUAAUCUUUCCGAUAGCCCUUCCAUUAGAGCUGCCGGACUCGUUUCGCUUGAGGAUAGGUAGUCCUUAUCACCUGUUCGACAGCCAAGCAGUUUAUACGAAUCUAAGAACCUGGUACCAUGCACGCCUUUGACGCCGCUUUCUGAUAAUGUAGUCUGUUUGCGUUCCCCAGCGUUGCGGACAGAGUACUUGCUCCAGCUUGCCUUUUCGAUCCAGUCUUCAUCGGUGAUUAGCUCUUUCACCAGCAGACGCUGCGCCAACGGAGCGGGUUGGGGGAGGUUGCCAAAUGCGUAAGGCCGGCAGCGCCCGGAAGCGUCCAGCGGCGGGCAUAAGGUGGGAUGAGCAAAACCUCGAGGAGAACGAAGUUAUCAAGGCAAGCAUCAGUAAGACGAAGAUCGACGAGCCGAAGACGCCCUAUCAUGGGCCGCUAGGUGAACAGCACAUGGAGGAUGCAGACGACGGUUUGCAACCCCUAGAGCUGGACAGCCAUCACCAGCAGCUACCGUACUCACUUGGAGGCAACCCUGCAGCUGUUGGAGAGAGCGAAUCUGCAAGCAGCAGGGCUAUAACCUGUGCAUCCUCAGCUGCCGUAGCGGAGGCGGCAGCAGGUCCGCAGCCUCCGCAAGCGGGAGCGGGAGGAGCUGCUGUUGCGACUGGUGCUGAAGGGGAGGAUGGGCGGGACGCGUCCUGUGAAGCGGCUGGGCCCAGCGGACCGGCGGAACACAAGCACGGGCACGGACACGGGCAUGGGCACCACGCGCACUUCGAGUCCUCCUCGAUGCAGUCCACGGACCCCCCGGCCACGGAGCCAUUAGAGAGCCGCUCGGGCUUCAGCUCCGAUUCUGAACGCCGGGCUUCGCUUACCGGUGGCAGCGACGGUGAUCAGAACUGCGACGAGGCACGCCGAAAGUUUGAGCAGCUAUGCGCUUUAUUUUACACAGGGCAGCGGCCACGUCAGAGGCGUAAGGCGCAUUACAACAUGCGGGCUGCUCUCCGCCGCGCACGGCUGCUGCUACACGAGGAUGGCGAGGGUGAUUCCGUUGCUGGCGAGGGUGAUUCCGAUGAAGCAAAGCAGGAGGAGGGCGGGGUGGGUUCCGAUUGUACAGCGACGAGCGAGGGGACCUCCGAUGUCAUGAUGGAGGACGUGGGGAAGCAGCUGUUCACCUAUGACGGGCAAGUGAUGGGUUUGCAGUACCUCUGCAUGCUAUAUGCAUACAAUUGCAUGCCAAAGACUUUUGUGACAAGUCCACACAUCUACAGUUUGGUCCAGUCCAUCUACGAGUAA